AGAUGACCUUUGAGGAGAAGGCAAAGUUAGGGGUUAACUUGCAGAAUCUUCCACCAGAGAAGAUGGGUCAUGUGGUGCAAAUUGUGAAGAGGAGGAACCCUAAUGUGGCACAGGAAGAUGACGAGAUUGAGCUUGACUUCGAGGUCCUUGACAAUGAAACGCUAUGGGAACUGGAUAGAUUUGUAAGUUACCAUAAGAAGGCUCUGAGCGCAAUGGAGAGACAAGGAAUCACUGAAGAUGUUGCUGUCACACAGCUCAAAAAGUCGCCUGAGAAGGCACCAACACCAGAGCAUGCAAUGCUGAAAAACAAGAAGGGGGACAUUGGGGAAGAGGAUGUUGAUAUCGGUGAGGAAAUACCAGUUGAAAACUUUCCUCCUGUGCAGAUCGAGAAGGAUGCCCUAUGUGCAAGUAGUGGGUCAAGCAGUUCUAGUAGCUCAAGUUCUGGCAGUGAUUCUUCUUCCAGUGAUUCAGAUUCAGGAAGUUCGUCUGGGAGUGAGUCUGAUGAGGAUAGUGUACAGUCACCUUAUGUUGAAGCAAAAGAGAUAUAAGCCAUUUAUGGGUUUGAGAAAGAAAUCUCGGUGCUGCAGGGUUUUAGGUCAAUUUAAUAGUGAAUAUAUGGUGUUUUUCUAUUAGGUUUUUUCUUUGGCUGGUUUUUGUACAUCUGUUUUUGCAGCAGCUCAGAAGAUGAUCAUAGUUUUGCUGGGUUUGGUUUUCUGGAAGUAUGACUAGCUCAAGAUUAGGAAUUGAGAGGUUUUAGUUAACUACAGAGUAGUGGUAGGAUGUUACAAAUGGGGACUGACAACAAAGAUUUGGGUUUAUUUUUUGCUUUUAUACAGAAAACCACCUGCUGAUUUUCAGUGGUUAGGGAGGAUAGGAGUAACUUGUACAGUGAAGA